CAAACGAACCAUCAGAAGACAUUUUGUUUUUUCGAAAUCAAAAUUUUUGCUCCUGACCAUUUUAUUUUAUUUCGUUUCGUAGAGUGGCCAAAACGUAUUAAUUGGCAAAAUAAGGUUUUACCUGUGAUUUUACAUUAGAAAUAAUUGUUUGUGUGGUUAAACGAUUCCGUGCAUUCAUUUAAAUAAAUAAACAAAAAUAAAAAGAAUUCCAAAGAUGGCUCUCAAUGUUGCUUUGCCUUUAUCUGGUCUAUCAGAACUAAUGUACGAUCGUUGUGCCCUGCUAUCGCCGAUAGGGCAAGACUUUGAAGAUAAUUUGGAAUUAUUGGUGACACCAUACGGAAGCAGUGAAUCAAGUGAAUCCGGAAUCGGAUCCAACGAAAGCAAGAACACAAAAUCAGUGUCCGAAGAUGAUGAAACACCAUCGACUCCGUCCGCUUCACCACCAUCGUCGCCAGCAUCGCCAAUGUUGGAAAAAGAAUUGACUGCCGAAACUCCAGCUGCUGUCGACGAGAUGGUCGAGGUAAAAAUUGGAUAUGCAGGCCGUGACAUACUCGAUCUCGCCAAAAAUCUCACGGACAGUUCAUGGAAAUUCCAGUACGCCGAUUUGCCGAACAACAAUGUGACGAUGUUCAUGCAGAAUCGAUCGCAGUACCAUCGUCUCGGAGCCGAUGGACUCAAUUGCGAAUAUGACUUAGCUACAUGCGCCGAAUGUACCUUUCAAUUUCCAGUUAUGUCGAACGACAAAGCUCAACCGAAAAUGCCUUCCAUCAAGAUGUACAAACACUUCUAAAGUAAGUAAAUGCGUGGACGGAACUAUUUAUAAUAACGAAAAUGAGAUGGGGAGAGAAGGAGAAGAAGAAGAAGCAGAAAAAAUAUAUCAAAAAAAAUUCAGAGGCAGUAGGAGGAGGAGGAGGAGGAGAAGAAGAAGAAGCGAUAAAUUUUGACGAAAUGAAUCAUUGGACGAGAUUUGUGUUCCUGGAAAAAAAUUAUUUUUUUAAAAAAAUUAUUACAAAUUUUAGAGAGGAGAGAGAGAGAGAGAAAUUAUUUCCACCUUCCAUCAUGUAUCUGAAGUAGGGGAGCCUGUUUAUUUGUUUUUUUUUUUUUUUUCGGUGGUUAGUCAUUGCUCAAAUAAUUGUUAACGCGAGAUUUAUACCUUUUGUGGUUCAAUUUAGGUUUCAAAAAUUUGUGUUUUUAUGAUUUUUCGCAAAUGUGUUUAUAUCACCGAAUGUCUCAGGUGACAAAUUAUUUUUGUUCAAAUCUACAUAGAUUGAUAGAAUCGA